UCGGAUAUGGUUGGAGUGGGACGUCUUACGAGUUAAACUAUCUGUGCUGCCAGCUGUAACUGGGAGCCAGGUUUUCUCUGUCUGUUUGUAAGUAUAGAGAUAAAAAGCCCCUCUUGAAGGAGAUGGAAGACGACGUCUUAACGACGCUGAAGAUUUUGAUAAUCGGUGAGAGUGGCGUUGGGAAGUCCAGCCUCCUCCUUAGAUUCACAGACGACACGUUUGACCCAGAGCAAUCAGCUACGAUAGGUGUUGACUUCAAGGUGAAGACCAUAUCUGUGGAUGGCAACAAGGCAAAGCUGGCAAUAUGGGACACUGCUGGACAGGAGCGCUUUCGAACCCUAACACCAAGUUACUACCGCGGUGCCCAGGGAGUCAUCUUGGUGUACGAUGUGACGAGACGGGAGACCUUCACCAAGCUAGACAACUGGCUCAAUGAGCUGGAGACCUACUGUACCAGGAACGACCUCGUCAAAAUGCUCGUAGGAAACAAAAUCGAUAAGGAAAACCACGAGUUGGAUAGGGCCGAAGGGCUGAAGUUCGCAAGAAAACAUUCCAUGCUUUUUAUUGAGGCCAGCGCAAAGACGAAGGAUGGUGUUCAGUGUGCGUUUGAGGAGCUGGUGGAGAAGAUCAUCCAGACACCCGGCUUGUGGCAGAGCGAGAGCCACGGCAGAGCAAUCCAACUCACGGAUGAAGAUGCCGGGGGCGGCUCCUGCGGCGGCUACUGCUCCGUGCUUUAAACCACACCUACAGGAGGGGACAUGUUAACACCAACCCCCCCCACCACUGUCUUGUCCUAAGCUGAGCUCUCUCCUCAAACUGUCUGCGUUUGGCUGAAACAGAUGACUGUCCCCCACUCUCAGACACAAAUUUUGCACAAAUAGUAGAAAUGAUGCUGCUCUAUAAAGCAAAUACAGCUCAGCCUCAAUUUUAAUAAAAUUCAGUAUUUUUCUUUUUGUUUUCUUUCAGGACCUUGUUUGAAGUAUGAACCAUUUUCUCAAGUUGUUUUAGUCAAAUAAUUGGAAGCCAAAGCUUGUCAAGACAUAUUCUUCAGUCGGUUUGUAUGAUCGUAAGAGAAACUCUAACCCGGGUUUCUUUGUUUCCAGCAUGCUGUUUUUGUCCUAAGAGCUCAUUGCCUUAGCCAGCACAUCACUAUCGAUGGCGGGCUGACUUCUCUGCAGUGCUUGUUUUCAUCCUGCUGCUCCUCACAGACUGUCGAUAUAAUGCCGCUUAAGGGGAAGCUUAUCAAACCAGUCCGCGCUGUCCUCCAUCUUCACCUCUCGCAUCUAAAGGCUUGGAACGUGUUGUCCGCACAACUGCCUCGUUUUACUUCAGCGCUUGGUAUGGCGUUUUAUUUUCUCCUAUUGACUUGGACUUCAAACGUUUGCUUUGGUUUGAAGAGUGCGUAAAUCAGUGGGGCUGGCACCAGCAGGCUUUCCACUGGCCGAGAAGAAAGAAGGAGUCCUAUAAAACUGCACGCCUUUCUCUGCAUUGAGCUGCUGUAAUGGAGUGCGACUUACUGGCGCUCACGCAAGACAGAUAAUAUAAGAAUUAUUACUAGUGCUGCUACAGUCCAUCACAAAUCCCUUUGACUGGGCAGAGACUACAAGUGUUCAAUAUUAAACAGGUUAGAGAGUCAUCGGGGUGUUUCCACACAAUCUGGAAAUAUCAAAGAAAAGCUGCAUGUUACUCACUGCUGAUGGAUUUCACAGCGCUCCCAUUGAUGUGCUGGUGUAUGAGACCCCCAGAUCUCUGACCAUGUUGGUAGUGCUGGUAUCUUUUACUGAGUAUUGGCUCCAAGGGUUUCAGACAUCCUUAGUUGGACCUCUACACGUCUUACCACAUGUAACUGUUUUUAAAUCUGUUUGUUUUUGCAUGGACGAUCCAUCUGCCAUUCUUUGUGUUCGUUUGUCCUGGGAAAUGUCCUCGCGAACCGUUUAUUAUAAAGAUUUUAACUUAUAUUAAUACAUUAUAUACAUGGCCGUUUGAACGCAGAGUAGCUAAAUAUAAAGGAACUAGAUUUAUCUAUAGUUAUCAAAAUAAAAGCUUUUUUAUAAUUUGGGUUAGUAACACGUUGAACCAUGUAAAUCUUGCAAAUUGUACAUUUUAGGACUUUAAUGGGGUCAUUCAUGUAUGAAGCUGAAUGUACACAUAUCUGACUCCAACCCGCCCAGUGUGUUAAACUUAAUAAAAUUCCUUUUUGAAGUGAA